AUGUCUCUCUGUUCAACUAGUCAAAUCAGAUUGGAACAAUUAGAUUUGAAAACAAUUGACGAUAAACCAGGCCCUUCGUCUUCAAAUAAUGUUGAGGUCAACAAGACUACAGCCGAAGAGUGGUCAACAAUUCCAUUGGAUUCUAGUCCUUCCAAGAAAGCAAAUUCUGCCCCAAUUAAUUCAAUUACUCUGCUUCUGGAUUUGAAGCUGAAAGGUUUCAAUCUUGCUGUAUCUAGAGCUCGCGAUUGGAGCUCUGGAUUCUCUGUUCAAAAAGGACGUUACACAAAAUCUGCUACCUGUGUUGAAAACAAAGAAGGCGGUCAGGCAGCGCUUGAUAGCAAAUUUCUCGAAUUGUCCCCUCCAAAAUUAGUCUUGGCUGAAAAUGCCUUGACAUCUCCUCAAUCCAUUGAUCCUUGUAAAGGCAUGAGAGUGGGGCCCCAUGAGCCUCCUCACCCAAUUGAUUCGGCGCCAAAAUUACAAGUGACGCCAUUUACCAUGUUGCAAGAUCCAUUUGGCCGUUCAGCAAAUGAUAGAUUAAGAAACUUCCGUCCUACUCCGUCGCAACAUGAUCCAGAUACCUCUCUAAAUUGUCAACACCCAUAUCAAACAAUGCCAGAGACAGAGACUUGGUCAAAUCGGAUCAGGUAUUGGUGGUCUGGAUCAGUUAGAGAUACAUCUUCAAGUCAUAAUUGGCCGCAGCCCAUUUCGGUCGUUGUGGCUAACUCUGUCAAUCAAAGCACAGCAUCUUUCAUACCAAUGCAAGACAUUGGCAUGUCGCUGGAAAAUAUUCUUGAACAGCCGUCAUAUACCCCUUUAGCACAACCCAUUGAAUCCAGUAAGUCUCGGUCGCAAUCACUGAUUCAGGUUCAAGAAAGCCUGUUUAGAAACUUCAUUGGAUGCUUCUGCUUUUAG